AUGGCUAAGAACAAGGUCAAGAAAGGAAACAAGAGCAAGGGUGUCAAGGAGCCUAGCAUUCCUCCAAAAGCUUUACCCGUGACGCUUCUCUCUGGAUUCUUGGGCUCUGGUAAAACAACUCUGCUCCAGCAUAUCCUCCGAAGUGAGCAUGGCCUCCGCAUUGCAGUAGUAGUCAAUGACAUUGGAGCUAUCAACGUCGAUGCAUCCCUCAUCAAGAAAACACACCAUCUUUCAAAGACCCAAGAGAAAGUCAUCGCUCUUCAGAAUGGCUGUAUCUGCUGCACCCUACGCGGUGAUCUCCUGGAAGAACUCGUUCGUUUAGCUCAACUUCAAGAGUUUGACUACAUCAUUAUCGAGAGCAGCGGUAUCAGUGAGCCCGAGCAGGUCGCUGAGACAUUCGACUCCAGACUUGCUGAGCAGAUGGACGCUAUGGGAUCCAUUGAGGGUGCACCUGGUCUGGAUGCCGAUACGAUCAAGGUUCUUAAGCAACUCAAGGAAGCUGGUGGUCUUGAGAAGUUUGCCAGACUCGACACUACUGUGACUGUCAUUGAUGCCUUUACUAUGCUGCAUGACUUUGACACGAGUGAUUUGCUGUCUUCAAGACGUGAUGAUGUCACGCCUGAGGAUGAAAGGACUGUUUCUGAUCUUAUGGUUGAUCAGAUUGAGUUUGCGGAUGUUAUCAUCCUCAACAAACUCGACAUGGUUGAUGCUUCGACAAAACCUCGCUUGCUAGACUUGAUCAAGAAGCUCAACCAUCGCGCCAAGAUCCUUGAGUCGAGCUAUGGUAAGGUCGAUGUCAAGCAGAUUGUCAACACUGGCAUGUUUAAUCUUCAGGUUGCCCAGUCUGGUUAUGGGUGGCUUCAAGACCUUCAUGCCAUGACCGUUCGUGAGGUCAACGGUCGUAAUGUCCUUACACCAAAGCCUGAGACUGAAGAAUACUCUGUACGAAGCUGCAUCUACAGCCGUCAUCGACCAUUCCACCCACGCCGCCUCUGGGCACUGCUGUAUGACAAGUUCAUCUUGCAGCUUGAGCAGCCCGAAGACGAUGAUGAGGAGGGAGAGGAAGAAGACGAAGACCUUGAGAUGGUCGAUUACCCAAAUGCUAAGGACUCAACCGAAGAUGUUGUAGUCGACCAAGACACUUCUGACUCCUCUUCAUCCCGAGGAAAGCGCUCAGCCCCAUCAUCACCUCGCAGCUCCCAUUCCACCCUUGAAUCUGCCCCUUCACCCGAGCCUGCGUCCAAGAAGCAAAAGUUUGAUGACUCUGAAAUGCAAGACGCAGAGGAUCUCUUCACACCCUCUAACGAAGUAAUCCUCGAAACCAAGCGGAAACAUCCCAUCUUCGCACGUCUCUUCCGCUCAAAGGGUGAAUUCUUCCUCGCAACACGUCCCCACCGUGCAGGAGACUGGUCCCAAGCUGGAGCUAUGCUCACACUAACCGGUGGACGUCCAUGGUUCUGCACCCUUCCUGCGGAGGAGUAUACAACCGGCGACCCAGAGGUUGAUGGGCUUGUGCAGCAUGAUAUUAAGAAGGGUGGGGAAUGGGGCGAUAGACGUCAGGAAUUGGUGUUUAUCGGAGAGAACCUGGAUCGAAAGGCCCUUGAGAAGAUGUUGGAUGAGUGUUUACUUACUGACGAUGAGUUCAAGAAGUGGGAAGGGGUUAUGAGAGAUGAGAAGAAGAGUGAUGAAGAGAAGCGUGAGGCGCUAGAGGAUCUGUUUGAUGAUGGGUUUCCCGAUUGGCCGGAGGAUGACGAGCAUGAGGACCAUGAAGGACAUGAUCACCCUCAUGGUUUGAGGUCGAUAAAGAAGCACCUACAAGAAGUUGACUAG